AUGAGGAUGCAAACCGGGUCAAGUGAUGAGCCGACGCUGACGUCCAGUGACGGUAGUGGAGACCAGUUAAGUAAAGCUGAAGCCGAAGUAUAUGACCGCCAGAUACGAUUGUGGGGAUUGGAAGCCCAACAAAAGUUGCAUACGGCAAGCGCGUUCUUAUACGGAUUGUCAGGAGUGGGCGCAGAAAUCGCUAAAAAUCUUAUGUUGUGCGGUUUACGUUCCCUCACUCUUAUGGAUGAUAAAAUUGUGGACGAAGAGGAUAUCGAUUCAAAUUUUUUGUUGGCAAAUGGCUCUAUUGGUCAAAAUCGUGCGAAGUCAUCGUAUGAGAAGGUACAAGCGCUGAACCCAAUGGUUAAAGUUGAGGUCGUUGAAUCCAGUCUGAAAUGCAUCGAUCCUGCCUUCAUACCACGCUUUACUCUUUGUUGUGCUAUGUGA